CGACAAGCUCCCGCCAGGUUCGCGCCUGCGUGAGGCCGGCAGAUCCGAGCGUCUCUCGUUAUCCAACCUCUCUCGUUAUCCAGCCUCUCUCGUCUCAGCACGGUCAGGUGCUGCUGUGGGCAAUUCGGCGUCGUCGACUCGGUCGGUGACCCGGCCGGCUCUUCUUUCAUUUACCUCCCCAGAUCAGUCGCAUCUCUCGUGCCUUUGGCCCGCCUUGUGCGAGCAACCAGGCAGCCUAGCCCGCAGCCGCACACAUGGGCACCUACGGGGCCGAAGGUGCUGCGUCACCGGAGUGGGAGCUUAGUCGGCAGCUUCGACGCCAGCGCCAGGCUUUCAGUUCCCCUGCCUGUCUCAGCCCGGCCGAUUCGGGAUACGGAUCGGCUUUUUCGUCUCCGAAGACACCACAAGGACUUGACAAUCCCGACAGACAGACUCUGGGUGGGCUGUGGAUGCUUGGCGAUGGGAACCUGUCGGACCUCGACGACCCUUUCACCAACAGCGAAGAUGAGAAGCCAGCGGCAGCGAGACCGGAACUCGUUACCCAGGCAGCCGAGAUCGGACUGGCACAAGGUACAGGAGAGCGCCCAAAACAUUCUACACUGCCAACGCGGUCUUUCCGCUCCCGCCCGGCUCUACCUGCGUCAUUUCAUUCAGACUCUGGGGCAGCUGGGCUCCCGCGGCAAGGCUCUGACAGAGGGUUAGUCCGAGGGACAGGAUCCUUGCGUCUCCCCGACCGCUUUAUCCCGACGAGGACGCACUCUGCAAACACCGCCGAAAAGUUCAGAACUGGAAAGGCACCACAUGAACUGACUCCAUCUGAGAAGCUUCUACGGCACAAUGGUGCAACUGAAGAUGCGUUUUGCUACCGCCGGAGGGCCGUGACACCCAUGGCAUGCGACUUCCGCUCCCGCUCGCACUCGGAUACAACAGAGAGCCAGCGCCAAGUAGGUAGUGUUCUAAGCCUUCUAGACCAAAACGGUAAGACCGGUUUAGACAGACAGGCCAGCAACGGGACCAUCUGGGCCGUUGGUGGUGUUAUCCCUGGAGGUGCAGCUGUUAACAACGGCCGAGGUCAGCUGGUCCGGAGUGGGACCAAUGCCAGGCUCUUCCGUACCUCGUUUCCCAAUGCGAAGCCACAGGCCGAGGAAGAAAGGGAAAAGCACGAGUCCAGGCUUGCUGCUGCCCUCGGCCUCGACCGGGUAAAACGUAUCCUUGAAGUGAAUAUAACUCACAAGCAGGAUCACACAUUUGGAAACAAGCACGGGGAUGUCGCUCCUACACAGUGGAAUGGAACCGAAUGGGUCAAGAAUGGACCGUUGCCUAGGCCUUUGAAACCCCAAGAAAACAGGUUGCUGCCGAUAGCUCCAUUCAAGGUCCUCGAUGCUCCGAAUCUUCGUGACGACUUCUACUGCUCCAUACUGGCGUACUCGAUUACCUGUCGGACAUUGGCUGUUGGCCUGGGAGACCUCCUUUACGGAUGGUCUGAAUCUAGGGGAGUGCAACUUCUCAAUGCCGGCACCCAAGAGGAUUGCCAUUUGACGAGCGUCGCAUUUUCAUCUUCCGAGGGGCGCAAAAGUAUUUUGGCCUUCGGAAGAUCCAACAAGACGUUGGGGUUGAUGUCACUGAAUGACGAUGCAGAACCGGCAAGUUCUCGUUCUGGCCCCAUGCCGCGAUUCGAAGUUCUCCAGCCCGCACCGGUCGCCUGUCUGAGCUGGAAGCCUACUUGUACCAUCCGGCCGUCAAAGAGCAGUAUCCAUCCUGGCCAUCUUGUAAAAACUGAGGAUCUUUUGGUCGGAGAUGAGACCGGUCACGUAUACUACUACGCCGUGGAGUGGCCCGAGAGAUGGGAAGUGGAACGACACAACUGGGCAGGGCAGAUGACGCUUCUUGCGAGGAUUACAAUCCAUGCUCAGCAGAUUUGCGGACUUUCUUGGUCGCCAAAUGGCGCGCUCUUUGCUACAGGGGGAAACGACAAUCAGUGCUGUCUAUUCGAGACUGGCAAGGCCAUCGUAGCUCACUCACAAGCGCACGAUAGCAGCCCAGGGAGGGACGACAUUGACAACCCGACCCGAUCCCCAAGCCGUGAGACCAGCGAGGCGUCCACGGCUGAUACUGAAAUUCGGGUUCAGAACUCCCGGACAGCUCCCACCAUUGUCAAGCAUCUCAGAUCCGGCGAUGAGAAAUAUCGAUGGCUGCACGGAGCUGCAGUCAAGGCAAUUGCCUUUUGCCCCUGGCAAGAUGGUCUGGUGGCCACUGGGGGCGGCUCAAACGACAAGUGCAUUCAUUUCUUUCACACCACGUCAGGUGCCGCUCUCGCAACGAUCUCGGUUUCGGCUCAAGUGACAAGCCUCAUCUGGUCGACAACUAGACGAGAAAUCGCGGCCACUUUCGGCUACGCCCAACCAGAACACCCAGUUCGAAUCGCGGUAUUCUCCUGGCCAGACUGCCGACAAGUUGCGGCUAUCCCCUGGAUGGGCGAACACCGAGCACUGUAUGCGAUCCCAUAUCCUGGGGGGCCUAAAAAUGCCCGCUCCCCGAAAAUUGGCAACAGAGCACGAAGCUACAGCCGCCCCGCGAUGGAAGGCUGCAUUAUGGUUGCGUCGAGCGAUAAGAGCGUCAAGUUCCACGAGGUAUGGGCAGCGGACAAGAAGGCUAUUGCUGGAGGGGUCGGCAUGCUUGGUGGCAGCGACAUCCUAGAGAGUCUAGAAGGCAUUGACAAGGAAGGCGACGUGAUUCGGUAAUGCGGCGGAGUAGAGGGAGAGAGGCUUGACGAGAGCCCGAGGACCUGAGCUGACUAUUCAUGGUGUCACACAUUGCUUUGAUGCCAAAGGCCGCGAGACUGCGCAGUAGAGACCGAGGGAGGUUACUGACUGUAGGUACUCGUCUUAGGCCGGGGUGUAUGG